CAUGGCAUUGUCGGCAUGGGUGCCGACGGUCCAGAGGCCCACCGACCAUACACCUGCCCUAUAUAAAUAAAUACGGCGCAGCCCUGAGCAAGCACACAUCCGCUGACAGAAACAAAACAGAAAAGCCAAUAAGCACAAAGUUGAGCUUCACGUACGUACUUGGCUACGCAGAGGGUCCCCGCCGGCAAUGGAGGUCCACGUCCUGAGCUCCAAGCUCGUCAAGCCCGCGUCCACCAAGCUGGCCGCCGGCGCCCCCGAGUACAUCCCUCUCUCUGUCUUUGACAAGGUGACGUACCAAAUGCAUAUGGCCAUGAUCUUUGCCUUUGCGGCGCCGGCGCCGGCGCCCACCGCGGCCGCUCUAGAGAAGGGCCUAGCUGCUGCCCUUUCGGAGUACCGCACCUUGGCGGGGCAGCUGGUCCGCAACCGCAGCGAGGGGCCGGUGAUGCUGCUCAAUGACCGGGGUGCCCGUGUGGUGGAGGCGUGCGUGGACGCCGACAUGGUGGAUGUGGAUGUGGCCCAGCCCAAUCCCAAGCCGGAGCUGCUGCAGCUGCUUCCGGACCUCGAGGAGGAAGCUAUCAAGGAGGUGGUGGUGGUGCAGCUCACGCGGUUCAGGUGCGGCUCCCUCGCGGUGGGGUUCGCCCGCAACCACGCCGUCGCCGACGGGCGCGCCACCAGCAACUUCCUCGUCGCGUGGGGACGUGCCACCAGGGGUCUCACUAUGGGCCUCCCGCCCAUGUACAAGUACAACCACCUCGACCUAUUCCAGCCCCGCCUGACCUCUCACUGCAUCAACGAGUUGGAGUUGGAGUUCGACCACCGCAAUCGCGAGUACUACCUUCCACCACCGCCGGCGCCGGCGCCCACAGCGACCGCCGCCGACAAGAAGGUGAUCGUUGUACACAAGGCGCACUUUAGCAAGGACUGGAUCGCCGGCCUUCGCGACACCACCUCACAAGGGCGGGACCGCCCGUUUACCCGAUUCGAAACUAUUCUCGCCCAGCUGUGGCGCGCCAUGACACGAGCGCGGGGACUCUCACACGACGACAUCUCCACGGUGCGUAUCUCGGUGGACGGCCGCAGCCGCCUCGGCAUGCCGGCGGAGUAUGCCGGCAACCUAGUCCUCUGGGCGUUCCCGCGCGCCAGGGUGUCCGACCUGCUGGGACAACCGCUGAGUCACGCCGCGCAGCUCAUCCACGACGAGGUGGCUAGGGUGGCGGACCCGGCCUACUUCCGGUCGUUUGUGGACUUUGCCACCUCCGGCGUUGUCGAGCAAGAAGGACUUGCGCCGAGCUCCGAGAUCAACAUGAGGGACGUGCUGUGCCCAGACUUGGAGGUGCACAGCUGGCUCACCUUUCAGUUCUACGACAUGGACUUCGGCACGGGCACCCCAACGUACGUCAUGCCGUCCUACAUCCCGGCGGAAGGGCUUAUCUUCCUUGCGCCGUCCUACAUCGGGGACGGCAGCAUCGACGCCUUCGUGCCUGUCUUCCAGGACAACCUCGAGGCCUUCAAGCAGUGUCUCUACUCCAUCGAUCACCAUGACAAAGAGUAGCGAGAGCGAGCCAGGGACGCAUGCAGGACAUGAAUAAAUGAUGCAUCCUCGGAUAAAACAGCCCAUCCAAGAUGGUUUCCUUGUGUGUGUUUUUUUCUUUUUGCCUGAGAAUUUCUUAAGAAUAAACCGAGUUUAAUCUCUA